GGAUGAAAAUCAAAGCAAAACUCUAUGCUAAUUAAACGUAAUAAUAUUAAUGGAGUAUCACAUAGCAGACAAUUGGCUGCAUCGUCUCACAAUGGCGUUCCAAACGCCGCAUUCCUAUUUUGCUGCCAAUUGAUUCGUCACUCGAUCUUAUACGAGCAUCUUCAAUCAAAUCAUCGCACUUAUCUGACUUCCUUGUAUCAAAUAACCCGUGUAUGCAAUAUAAAUUUAUAUUCUGUGGUUCAGUGUUCGGCAUUGACAGUUUCAUCUUUUAUUACGUGUUGUGAUAUUCGUUGUGUUGAAAUGACGCUAAAGCUAAAUUUUUCAGUAGCUGAGAUCAAAUAUUAAAAAAAUGAAAAAAAAAGGUUUUUAUCGAUGACGUGUUAAAAUGCUCUAAAUUUGAUCUAUAACAAAAAAAAGUUAAAUAAUAAUUAAAUAUUUGUAAAAAAGAAAUAGAACGUUUGUGUAGUGUUGAAUUUAAAAAUAAAGUGCUCCAAUUUUGAAUAUUCAUCGAAGCCAAUUUGGUGUUCCACCUGUGCGUUCUCAAUUACUUUCCGGGUUAUUUGCAUGGAAUUUACGGCAAGUGGUGAUGAGAUCUCAUUUCGUUCUAUUACUUUGAUUCCGAAUGUUUACAACUUUUAGUGAAACAGAGAACAGAUUUAUUAGAAAUGAGUCCAUUGGCAAGGAUUAAGAAAUUCAACAAACAGAUAUCCGCCGAGAUGAUCCAUGUCGACGAGACCGAUCCGGUCGGAGAGAUCGAGCCCCCAUUUCCCUGUCGCGAUGUCAACAUCAAACGGAGCACUGAUGUCAACGAGUUUUAUGAAAUGCUCUCCGAAAUCGGCAGAGGCAAAUUCGGAACGGUAUACCUCUGCCGAGAGAGAAGCACCGGCUUGGAGCUGGCUGCGAAGCUGGUGUCAGUGAGCAGACGAGAUGAGAGGAGGAAUGUGGAACGCGAAGUCGAGGUUAUGAGGCGGCUGCGUCACCCGCGCCUCAUACAGCUGUACGAUGCGUACGAGUGGGGGAAGUACAUGUGCGUCGUGCUAGAGCUCAUAACUGGCGGAGAAUUGUUCGAGCGCGUCAUUGAUGAGGACUUCGUGCUGACUGAGCGCGCAUGCACGGUGUUCAUGCGGCAGAUAUGCGAGGGAAUCGAGUUCGUGCACCGGCAGAAUAUCCUGCAUCUUGAUAUGAAGCCAGAAAACAUUCUAUGCCUAACGAAGGCAGGCAACCGCAUCAAGAUCAUAGACUUCGGCCUGGCCAGGUUCUAUGACCCUGAGAAGAAACUUCAAGUGUUAUUCGGUACCCCUGAGUUCGUGGCACCAGAGGUCGUCAACUUCGAUCAGAUCGGCUAUGGCACAGACAUGUGGUCUGUGGGAGUCAUAUGCUAUGUACUCCUUUCAGGAUUAUCCCCGUUCAUGGGCGAGACAGACAUAGAGACUAUGGCUAACGUCACAGUUGCUAAAUAUGACUUCGACGAUGAAGCCUUCAAUGAAAUAUCGGAAGACGCAAAAGACUUCAUCCAGAAACUUCUGGUGAAAGACAAAGAGUGUCGGCCGGGCGCCACGGAGUGCCUCCGCCACCGCUGGCUGCAGCGCCGCGCGCCGCCGCUCGCGCCGCAGCCCGCGCCGCUGCCCGAGCCCAAACACGAGCUCGAUGUCGCCAAAGACAACCUCCGCUACUUUGUGGAAAGGUGGAGCGAGCACCCCAACUCACCCUACGUAUUCGACAACCAAGCGCACGAAAUCACCAGCCUCACAAACGGGAAUUGUGAACGAUCCUCCAUCGGAGGAUGCUCACCGUCGCCAAGAAGUUCUCUCAGCAGUUCUCCUGAUGUGGUCUUCGAUGAAGACGACCUGGAGCCACCUCCGCUCAGAGAGCACAGCUUCCUGCCGCCGCCACGAUACAAUCCAGUAGAAAGGAGAGCCUCCGACAGCACUUGCUUCUUGCACAAGAAACAAGACGUCCUCGUUAGAAAAAACUUAGCUGAAGAAAUAAAGAAACUGUCCGACCACCUCUACAUGCUUUCCACUAUGAACACUGAUCUCGCAAAUAACAAUAGCAUGAAAGAGCUAGACAAAAAUGUUACCGAAACAAAAUCGAGCAAAGAAGAGAAACUACCAAAUGGAUUCAAGAAAGAAUCGAGGCAUACAAAAGUGGUAACCAACGGGGACGCAAGUGGUAAGGAGAAAAGAUUGUUCACAUCAAAGUCUACGACCAAAAUAACAUCAACAUUCUUAACAGAAAGAGAGCCAGAAAAACCCAUGACGAGUAAAAUGCCCUGGGUGAAGUCAAACAGGUCGAAGCGAGUGACGAACAUGAGCCGAGACGUCCCGGACCAGCCCGUCGAUGUCCGGAACAGCUUCUUCCAAGAGUUCGACAGACGAAGGGAUAAGAUAGACAAACUAGUAAAUGGAGGAGAGAAUGGAAGGCAGAUGCCUUACAGGAGAGGCGACGAAAACAAUGCUCAUAGAACUAAGGACCUACUCUUACAUCUUCUAGAGAAAUGGGGCGAAACAGAAGAAGUUGAAGCAGAGAGAACUGCCGGCGGUACCUCAAACGGGGGCCGACAUCAGUCCAUAUCCUUAGAAUGGUCUCCAUCCAACCAGUUGGGCCAAACCUCCAUGUCAAGUCUACACGCAUUCUUCCAAAGGCAGACUUCUGAUGAGAAGACGCAAAGGAAAAAAGUUACGAGUAACGUAGCAAAAUGACUUUGAUUUGUAAGACUCUAGUGCCAUGACACUGUGUUACCAAAGUAUCGGUAUGAGAUUAAUUAUGUUCUACUCACGCUUAGCGCAUACAAACGUAGGUCAAACCUCAUGUUUAUCACAUUGGGCAAAGGAAUUGAACGUACAGGGUCGUCAAUAUAGUUGAAUUUUCAAGAAUGGGUGUUUUAGAAUGAAAUUUGAAUGCAGUUACUUUAUAUUUUAAUUUUCUGUAUUUUAUGAAAUCGUUUUAAUUUAUUUUUAACGUUAUUUAAGUUGUGUAAUUAAAUGCAAAAAUUGCCUCAUGUUGAUAAGGCACUAAAUAAGGUUUCUUUAAAAACUCCUAGAAAUCUUUUUAUCUCGUCUACAUUUUGAAUGCAUAUGCAAAGUAACAUAAAAAAAUGCGUAAGACAAUUUAGAAAAAAAUCUAAGUAGGUAAAACGUCCAUCCAUAAAUAAUUAAGUACAUUUAAUUUUACUUUUAAAAUAAGUGGCAAUGAAAUGGCAGCACUUGUUCAUAGAGAAAUUUAUUAUGAAAUAAGUUUUUAUUAGUUUGUAUGCGUUAGGCCUAGGCAAGCAAAUGACAAUAACGAAAUCUAGUCGUCAAAAUUUUACAAUCACAUUUAGGUAGUAAUAUACAUUGAGAAUGAAUAACAUGAACUAUUGAACGUAUUUUGGUAAUUUUUAUAACAUUUUUUUGUAAAUAAGACAAGUUUUUAAUUAGGGGGUUUUUUUACACGUAAAUUAUGAUUGUUCCUUAUCUGUACUUAUGUAUAACUUUAAUGUAAUUUAUUGUUAUUAUUCGUAUGUUGUUAAAAUAUAAGGCUUUAUUAAAAUA